CCUACCAGUGAUCACCAAUAAUUUACAUGAAAUUUUAAUGCUUGAACCUCUAAUUAUCUGAAUAACCUAUCUUAUGACUAUUAAAGAAAAAGAGAAGGCGUUGAUCAUCGUAUUUAAAUAAUUGUGGAAUGAUACGCGUGUUUUGUGGGACAUAAUGAUUCUAGGAGUACUGGUGUUAAUUACACUGGAACGAUUCCCUUGUAAUGGCAUUCCUAUAUCUCAAAAUGGUGAUCUUGAUUUUGUAUCCUCUGGAAAACAGAUGAACUUGGAAGAAAAUAAUGACAGAAAAAUGCAGCUUCUACUAGAUUACCAUGACUAUGUAGAUUCUGAAGGAUUUGAAAAUCCGGAACCAAAGCUAGACUUGUUUCAACCGUUAAUAAAUGAUGGAACACGAAUCGUAAGUAACGGAAAAGGUAGGCAGUUUGGAGUCGGGGUGAAUUUUCUAUCUGAACCUGAUGAAUCAUUUUACAGCGAAUACUCGCUGACAUCCGACAAAGAUGCACUUUUUCAACUGAAUAGUCCUCUGAUCGAAAAUGUUUAUUCCGCGAUUGAUAUAAACUUGGAACCUCACAGUAAUAUACCGUUGCAAAAUAAGGAUAUACAAUCGAAUAAAAAAUUGGAACUUAUAGAUAUAUUGAAUAAUAUUCGGAGCAUAGAGGCUUACAAGAAGUCUAAUACACCGAUGGAACACUUUGGAGGAUUAGUGGGUAACAAUGACCGUACAGAGUCGAGGAUUGAGAACACGAUUGAUGUUGGUCAUGACACACAAAAACUUAUAUCGAACAAGAAAAAACGAUUUGUUAUUAGUUUCAGCGUUCCUCCAUUUAAAUAUCGACGACGUCGUAAAAUUAAGGGCAAACGAAUACGCCGAAUUCUUAGAAACAGACCUUUCAAAAUAGACCCAACAUAUUUCCUUCUUGGAAUCGGAAAAUGAUAUAUCAAUUCAAUGCGUUUUUCUUUUUCAUAAAGAGGAACAACACGAUUCGCAUCUGGAGUUUACGAGCAGUGUUAAUCUGACCAAAUUCAAUUUUUUUUUUCUGAUUUUUUUUGACAAUGUUAUGCACAUACUCAGAAGUUUUUUUAAAAGUAUAUAGAUGACAAGUGGAUUGUACAAGCAUGAUAUUUGCGUCCUUUU